GUCCAGUGAAGAGGACAGAUAGGGCAGGAAACGACAAUGCAGGGAAAAGUUUGUCUCGGCUCCAUAGUAACCUCACCUCAGUUAACAGCACCUUUCUCAAGACAAUGGCUUUUUUUAUGACUUAAAGGAGUGCCAGCAAACUGCUUCAAUGUCUGUCCUCUUGCAACAUUAACUGUUGUUCCUGUGAUACUGCACUAAUUUUUGAGACAGGUUUUUGGACUUGAUGGGAGUGGGGGCUGACUCGAGAGCAGCUACCAGGGCAGACAGGCGCUCAGGUUUGUCCCAGCAGCGGAAAUGUGUUGGACCUGUUCUCAGAAAGACCUGCUUCGUGGUGUGUGGGGCCACCGUGGGGUUUGUGCUCCUCCUGGGGGUCAGUCUGCUCUACUUACCGGACCCGUACAAGGCGGAACAGUUUGUCCCUGAGGAGAACCGCGUGGUAACGCUGCUGAUAUGGACGCACCCGUUUGGACAGUACCGGAAACUUCCGAACUGCUCUGCCCUCUAUCAGAUUGGCGGGUGCACGCUCACCGACGAUGGACGCGUGUACUCGCAGGCUGACGCGGUGAUCAUCCAUCAUCGGGACGUUGCAACCGGCCACGGUGACCUGCCAUCGGAACCACGGCCACUAGAACAAAAGUGGAUAUGGAUGAACUACGAGUCCCCCACGCACACACCCAGGCUGGGGCGCUUUGAGGGCGUUUAUAACCUCACGAUGACUUACCGGGCAGAUUCAGACAUCUUCCUGCCGUACGGGUAUCUAGUCCCCCGGGGGAGCAGAACCGAGGGUCUCCACGACCGGUUUGCCCACUCGCUCCGCUCACCCUCGCUCCGACGGCUCCUCAGGCCCCGCCUUGUGGCCUGGGUCAUCAGCAACUGGUCUGAGUCCCAUGCGCGCGUGGCCCUCUACCACCAGCUCAGCCGGUACAUCCGGGUGGAUGUGUUCGGGCGAGCUGGCCGGCCUUUACCGGAAGACAGCGGCGGCAGCGUGGUGCGGCUGGUCGGUCGGUACCAGUUCUACCUGGCACUUGAGAACUCGCAGCACACCGAUUACAUCACUGAGAAGCUGUGGAACGCAGUGCGGGCCGGCGCCGUCCCGGUGGUGCUGGGUCCGUCCCGGCAGAACUAUGAGCGCUUUCUGCCGCCCGAGGCCUUCAUCCACGUUGAUGACUUCCCCACAGUGCGAGGGCUGGCCCGGUACCUGCUGAUGCUGAGGCGGCACCCGGCCCGGCUGAGGCGGCACCUGGACUGGAGAGGAAGCUACAGCCUCCAUCAGCCCGCCUUCUGGGCUGAACACUACUGCACUGCCUGCAGGGCGGUGAGGAAGACCAGGGACAGGACAUACUCGGUCCAAGACCUGACACGAUGGUUCCACUCGUGACAAUCACCUUAGAGACUCUGAUACAGUGGGAUUCACUGCCCACCUGUAGCUGUCAAUGUUUACAACAUGACUGUAAUUACCAGCAACUGUGAAUGUUUGGGAAACUGUUGAUUCAAUUUAAUUUAAAUGACUUUUUGAGUGAUUUCUUGAUAGGGAUGAUGCAAUUUAACAAAGUUCCAUUAAAGAGUUUUACACUGAUUUGCUGCACAGAGGAUGUAGCUAUUGCUUAUUUUCUACUCGUUUUUAAUCUCUUUUUUAAUCAUAAGAAUGAACUUUAAUCUGCAGUUAUGUCAUACAGUAUAAUGAUUCAUAGUGUUGGACAUAUUUUUGAUUGUGUUUGGACUUUCAUCUCAUCUAAAAUAGUUUAUCACAAGAAAUAAUGUUUUUGUUGUAAACAUCUUUGCAUUUAACAUUAUUGUUAUGAAGCACAAGUUUUAUGGUGCCACAAUACGGACUCAUAAUUAAGGUCAUACUAUUGUCUUGUGCAAUUUGUACAUCUUGGCAAGAACAUUUACACAGAAUUUAAAUGGAAAUCAGGGCCUGAAUGGUUGAAUGAAACACAUUGUCUUAAAAGUGGUUGUAAAUAAUAUCAAUAAAGUAUCAUUUCAGAUAGAUUUUAAGGGUGUGAGUCUUUGAUUCAGGGAGGCAUUAUUGAGACAAUCUCCAAAGUACAUCUUAUGAGGGGUUAGCACAAAGCCCUGUUAAUAAUCCUGGAUCUGCUUUGCUAUUAGCUUAUCACCAUACAUGGUCGAUGGCUGUGCCAAGCAUCCCUAUAAUACCACUCUGAGCGUUUGCGUUGUGUCUGCACAUCAUUGACCACUUCAGUGCAACGCUGGCCUGAAUGACCUUAUUAAAGGUGUUGACAAUGGAGUAUAAGUGCAGCUGUGUCUUUGUUGUCACAUACAGGUGCUCUAUUCAUACUGUGCUUAUUCCAGCUUGUGAAGGGCUAAUAACAUGGGUGGAAUGAGGUCUUCAAAAUACAUAAAAUGCAAGUGUCCUUCAAUAAUAAUAAAAAUACCUACUGCUGAUAAUGAACCUGAUGAAGAUAUGCAUAAGUCACAACACAAUGCGCAUUUUAAACACACAUUGCAAUGUAAAGGAAGGCAUUUAAUUCAGAAUAAACCCUGAGAUAUGCCUUGGAUUUUUUUUAAGGAGACUUGUAUUUUCUCUGUUUUAUGCACUGUAGACCCCAAAGGUGUUGUUAGACCCCAAACCUUGUCUUCUCAGUGCUAUUCAUGCCUCUACACUUGUUAGAGGGAAAGACAGCUGUACUAACGCUCAUCCUCUACUGUUUCAAU